UACAUAGGAAUCCCAAUCGACCGCGAUCCAUCUUUAAUCGUUGCGGGAUCGAUGGUUUUUCUUUAGCUGGGUCUCCGUUCUCUUCGCCGAUUGGCCAGUGUGGAGGCGAGAGGGAUCCGCUCGCUCAGUUUCUCCUCUUGGCGGGUUUUGACUCGCGGGCAGGUUUACGCAUCCAGAAUUGCCGCAUUAUGAUCAUGACUGAAAGUGUCGAUUCUCUGGUUAUGGCUUCCAGCCAGGACCUCUGGACUGAAAUCUGUUCAUCUCUGCCACAUCCAGGUCAGAAUGAAGAGUCCAAUAAUGCAUUUGCAGAUUCCUUUGCAGAUUCUUAUGUUCACGUGAUGGAGAAUCAGAGGGAAGUAACCGGCCCCACUCUGCAAAUGAAUGAGAAGCCCUGGGUACCGUUAAAAGAUUCAGAGCUCUACUUGGCAUCUUUAGAGAGAAGAUUAAUGAGAAUAAAGGGUUUGUCUCAGGAAGUGACAUCCAAAGAUAUCCUGCAUACACUUUCUCAAGCUAAGAAAGAAAGUUGGGACAGGUUUCUGCAGGAGAAGUCUGAAUCUGACUUUUAUAUGGAGGGAACAGAUUCUGAUGAGAGUACUUUGGAAUACUUGAAACGUUGGCUACAACCAGAGAAGGUGGCAGUCAGCAGUGAGGAGAUACAGUUUCUCAUCCCCCUUGGAGCACCUCCUGAGAAGCAAGAGGCUGAAGAGGAAGAAGAAGAAGAACCUACGCCUGUAGAACAGUGAAUGACCUUGGACCUUGUCUCCGGCACAGUUGGCUGUUGGCACUUUGGGUCAAAAUGCCAGAAGAAGGAUAGAGUUUGAUAGACCUUGUGGAUUUUUCUCUCCACCAAAGUUCAUAAUGUACAGAUUCUGGUUUAAACGUCUUAUAAUGUUGCAGAUUUAACUUAAUUGUGCGUAAUUCGUUAAGAUGAUGAAGCGUGGUAGAAUAACUUAAUUUGGCAAACAGAUUUAAAUCUCUUCCCUCAAAUGCACAGAAGAUUUUGCACUUAAAUGAUCAUCUAUGGAAAAAAACCUUAGCAAUACUUUCCUUGCAGAAUGUAAUUGCCUCAUUCACAACUCCCCUGGUUUACCCACGGGUAUCUUUUUCACAACUUGGGAAAAAAUCCGGAACACCUGUACCCUUUUUCCCUGGGAAGUAAAAAAUGUCUACCACCAUUCAGCUGAGCUGAGCUAAAGCUGAGCCAAGCCAUGCAAUUCUACCCUUCAGUGGGAUAAGCACUUCCUUAGCAAAAACACAAUAAAUGCUGGGUGGGGGAAAAAAUGUCCUACUUUGUGUAGCUUUGUUCUGUUGCGGCUAUUAUUAUUUUUUAUUCAUUUCAUCAAAGGAUUUGAUGUUAUCAUCUUUUCAAAUAUUUUUUGGGGGGGAUGUUGGGCUAAUAAUUAUCUAUUCAUGUUUUUCUUCCUCUUAUUUCUUUUGCUGCAAAAAGUAAAAGAAAAUGCAUAAUGAAGAAAAAAAACCAGAGCUGUCAGUUGAAUGAGGAAGACAAAGUUUGAUAUGAGGGCAGAACAGAAAUGUGAGUUUUUAGAGUAACCCUCCCAACAAGCCCCUAUUUCACUUUAUUUGGGCGGGGGAAGAUUGGUAGGAAGUAAUUCUCCCAUUCAAUGCUAUAGCAUAGCUUUGGUCUUUCUAUCUCCCCCAUUUUUAUCGCCAAGCCUUUAUAGUUUUUGCGUCCAAUACUUCUUAUCAUGAUUUGCUGUCUUAUUAUUGGCUGUUUUGAAUAUUUUUUUUAAAUUUGCUUUUUCUUUUCUAUUUCCAUGGAAAUUAUUUUUAACAGCUGCAUAUGGAAAUAAUUGAAGACAGGAACUAUCUGAAUUUCAUUAUUUACCAUAACUUUAUUGGCAAAAUUAUGUAGUCAAAUUUGAGACGCUACAUACCACCUUAAUGGGUCUGAGAAAGGAGAAAAACAACUCAUUUUUUUAAA